UACCUACUUGAAAUGCAAUUGCGUAACUAUUUGAACACAGGAAUUCAAACAGAUUGGACUUUGAUUUAAAUCUUUUAGUGGCAAAAAGUAUAUGUUCAGCCAAACAAACCAGGACUGACGAAAAGUAGAUUUUCAUAAGGCGUUUCUCUCUCCCUCGUGUUGACAGCAAUUCAACGCAUCGUCUGUCAACUCAUCGUCAAGUGAAAGAAAAAUAAAUAAGAGACGUUGACACAGAAAGGCACGAGCCAAGCAGAAAAAUCGAGAUUUUCAAUCGUCUCGAGUUUAGAACCUGGGGUGAUUAUUGUGCAAUAAUUGUCUGUCACAUCGCAAUCCUGGACGCAGACUUAUACAAAGUUUUAGAUACGUACACACGAGGACAUGAUCAUGUAAACUAAUCGAGAAACUAAAAAUACUCAACCCUCUCCUGGAAAUAGAACGCUAUGUUUGUAGACUGUGAACGAGUAGCAGUUUUCUUGGGUGGCUUCUGCCUCGUCUUUUGUGUUCAAAGUGAUUAUGCAACCAACUUCUCUUAAGUGUUUUUAAAGUUUGGGGUUAAAGAGGAUAAAUGUGAAACGCAGGAUAUUCUUCAUCCUUUCUUUCUCUGCUUUGACUUUUGCGAGCUGUUGGAGCUGACACCAUCGACAUCAUGAUCAGUAUUUCUUCCCCACCACUUUGCAGAAUUUCUUCCGUGUGGGUCUCAUUUUCUGCUCGUUGCCUCCGUCUCUUUUACUCCUGGUCAUGUCGUCUGGUUAAAGUUGAAGGCUGGCUGAUAGGCUUCUGUUCUUGCUACAUUUCACGUUUCCUGUUGAUUUAGUGUCUGAACAUUGAAUUUUACUGCGGAGGUUCUACAUACAUAUGAACAAGCUUGCGCGACAAGGACGUGAGACGCCACCAGUGUGAAAAAAAGUCGUAUGGAAUGGGUUGACAUUAAGACGUUUCGAAAGUCUGCUCAUCUGUGUCGAAACUUAUUACGCGUUGUUGUCAAGUCUUGGAAUCAAUGUAGUUUUCAGAGUCAAAGUUUCCAAAUAUUUUCUGUGUUAUCAUCAUGGUCAAUCCUUCCUCGCAUAAGGGUAACAUGAGAUCUCCACUUUUUCUGAAAUUUUUUGCACUGGCAAUUUGCAUUUUGGCUGGGAUAUUAAUUAUACAAGUUGUAAUUUUGGUGAGAAACGCUGCCUUCGGCGGUGCAAUUUUGAGACGAACGGUUAUCGAAGGGAAUUUUGCGACUACAAUUACAUCAUGUGGAUUCGUUAAAGGAUUAGUAGUGAACGAGAGCUAUGCAUUUCUCGGGAUUCAGUACGCCCUGCCACCACUCGGAGGUCGACGCUGGAACAAGGCUGAGGUCCACGAGGACCUGCGCCACUGUUGGAACGGGACGUAUCUCGCCGUUGAGAGGAGAAAGCGAUGUUGGCAGUUUUAUCGGAAUGGAAGCUACGACGGGGCCGAGGAUUGUCUGUAUUUAGACAUAUUCACCCCAAAACUUGACUAUUCAAGUCCCCUAGACGUGAUUGUCUUUCUGGGUGGGGACAGUUUAAAUGGUGGGGAAUCGAUGGAGCUGCAACCCUCUCCCGAGUUGGCGAAGGAGAGGAACGCCGUAUUCGUCUCGGUAUCGAUAAGGCGUUCCGUCCUCGGAUUUCUAUCUCUCAAAGCGUUGUCAGAAGGAUCCCCUUUAAAUUCAUCCGGAAAUUACGGGAUUUCGGACCUUCUCGCAGCCUUGUUAUACAUUCAACGUAACGUUCGUCACUUUGGUGGAAAUCCAGAAAGUGUGACAGUUUUCGGCCAUCAAUCUGGAGCCACGAUACUUGGAGCGUUGCUUCGUACCAAUUAUGCAUCAUCAUUAUCAUCCCCAUUGUUUCACAAGGUUUGGAUGUCCGGAGGACAGUUUCGUGAACCUGUAACUUUAGACCAAGCCUAUGACGAGAAUUUGAAAUUUUUCGAGUAUUCCGAAUGUGACAGUGUCGAUUGUCUAUUUAAACUUUCACCAGAGGAAAUACUUGAAGGUGUUCCGUACAGCUGGAGGCAAUUUCACAACGAGUUUGGUCACUCGUUUGAAGAACGUUACAAACAUUAUUGGCUGAUUUAUGACGGUCAUAUUUUAAAAAGUCAGGACACAGAAUAUGACAAAAUGCAUGACGAGCUUUCUAUCAAAACUAGUACUCCGUUCAUUCCCGUCGUUGUGGGGGCACCACUUCAUGUCGAUACGAGUUCUGAAAUGCGAUCACUUUUGGAUUGGAACAGCACGGCAAAAUAUCGCAAAUACUUGGAAUCCAGUUUUGACCCCCAUGUCGCACAUGAGAUUUAUCGUCAAUACAAUCGUCCAGACUCCAAUUACUGGCAACAGUUUUCCGCAGUUCUUUCCGACUAUCAUACCAUUUGUCCAAUGUUGCACUUUAGCCAAACAUAUUUGUCUAAAAAUCUAGUCUUCAACUAUUUAAUUUCUCACAAAGGGAAGGGUGGGUUGGCACAGCCUGGGUCAGAUAUUCAAGCCAUUUUCAACCUUCGUACCAUUACACGUUCACCAAAAGAUAUCAAAUUUAAGGAAAAUAUGAUCUCGCUUUUUUAUUCAUUUGUAAAAACUGGAAAAUUCCAUGACACGAGUGGUGCUACAAGUAAAAUUCUCAUGGUGGAUGAUAGAGUAGGUCAUGUUCAGGAUUAUUCGCAUUGUAAUUUUUGGACAAAUUAUUCUGAGAAUCAUUCUAAGAAUUAUUCUCAAAAAUCCAAUUCAACGAUAACGGCAACGACAACGUCCACUACGACCACGACAAUGUCAACCUUGAUUGAAGAAUUUGAAGAAUCGAAUAAUACGUCAACAUUGAUUGAAGAAUUUGAAGAUUUGAAUAAUACGUCAACAUUGAUUGAAGAAUUUGAAGAUUUGAAUAAUACGUCAACCUUGAUUGAAAAAUUUGAAGAUUUGAAUAAUACGUCAACCUUGAUUGAAGAAUUUGAAGAACGGAAUAAUACUACAGAUGUUGCAAAUGUAAAUGUGACAAGUGGCGAAACCGAUUAAAUCAUUAAGAUGUCAAUAACUUGUAUA